ACUUUGCCAUGCAAAGGUAGAAGGAUGUCGAAGUGAACAAAUCCGUCCGUCCGUCCGUCCGGGGCUGAAGCAACAAUAAUGGGAAAACUUGCUCGAGGGAAGGGUAGCGGCACAGGAAGAUCUCUGCAAUGAUGCUCGCUCUUAAGUGGUUCUCUCUAAGACGCUACUUCUUCAUCGUCGUCCUGUAUCCGAUCCACGUAUAUUCUUGCCUGUUGACUUGACUUACCUGUUGGAAAAGCAAUCUGUGCCCCUAUAGCGUUUGGGUACCAACAAAGCCAUACGAAAUCUCGCAUCUUUUAUACAUUUCCAUACUGGGACGGAAUAGUACGCACACCAGAAGAGAUUGCCUUACUAUUCACUGUUUACUACUGCUUCUGCCUACACUCAUCUCAUACAAUCAAUGUAUGAUGAUAAAAGGGUUUUAAACCCAGCUCUUAAAUUAAGAAUACAAAAAAUACAUGUUAUCUCAUCUACUAAAAGAGGGAAAAGGUCUCGAACUCUUUAGUUUGUCUACAGUUUAGUGCUAAUUGUGAGUAAAGAAGAAACUUACGUAGCUGAAAACAAGCCACACAAAAAGGAGGCUAUCGUUUAUGGUGGUACACAUACAUUCACUUUUUAAUUGAUUGGAGCGUGUCAUAAAUGAGUUCCCUUUAAUUUAAAUGGAAAAGUGAUAGUGAAUUGUUUAAUUGUUUAUCAUUGUGACGUGGAAAGUGUCGUGUGCGAAUAAUCUAAUUUGCAUUUUGGAAUUCCAAUAAUGGAGUCCCCAAUAAUUGAGUUGACUAGAGUCUUGUAUCAUUUGGACUACUUCCGGAGAAAUUUCAGAAAAAUUGGGUGGCAUCGGUGCAACUCAAUGCCCAGCUCUAAUGCUCCCACAACAGCAACGAGUUCUUCGUGUACGGUUUGCAGUUUCAAGAGUCUAUUCACGGAUUUAAGCCUUCUUAUGCGAGAGUCUGUUUUGGACCCUCCGCAUAUCCAUCAUGUCAUUGAGUCGAAUAUUGAAGAUAUCAACUGGAAGGGGGUUGGGAAAAUGGGGAAGAUCUCGGGAAGCGGUGUGGCUCAUGCCGUUAUUUAUGAAUCAGUAAUACGUCAAAUUGAGGAGGGGUCCAGUGACGCAUCCCCUGCGUCCGGACUUCAACUUCAUACAGAAUUUAAUGUCACAAAAAUUUGCCUCCAUUGUCGCACAACGAAUUAUGUGGAGUCCAUAUCUCAGUAUACGAUGCAAAUUGACUCGUCAACUUUGUUGAGUAACGACUGGCCGAGUUUUGAAUUUGCCAUAAAAACUUCAUUGGACUCGGAGGAGUUCUGUGUUCAACCCAACUGUCAUGGUCAGACAAAAGUGUUCCGGUUACUAAACUCACUUCCAGCCAUACUUCCGAUCUGCUUCAUUGAUCCAUCUCCAGGAAGUCUCAUCACCCUUUUACCCACCCGUCUUCGUCCCCAUCUCAUCUUCGAGACCUCAAAGUCCAUUGCAGAUCUCCACCUCAAAGCAGUGAUUCUCUACUCGCCGCAAUGGGGCUAUGCAACGCUAUUUCAUCACUCACGACUAGAUGUGUGGAUUUUCAUCGAUUCCCGAAGAAUUCUAAGCUUGUACAGAACAUGGAUCGAGUCUAGGUUCCACCCAAUUACCUACGGAUUUCUUGUAUAUUACUGCUUCUACUGCAAAGAAGAACAACAAAUUUCCCCCCUGCCGGAAAUUAACUCGGCGAACCCUCCCAGUUUACCCACUAAAUUUUCAGCUCCACGUCAAACUACGACAGGAAGUAGUAGACCCGUGGUAGAUUGUAACCCCAUGUUUAAAUCAGAUCAACGAAUUUACGAAAAUUGGCCCUUGGACACAGAUUCAGGCCAAGGUUCAGAGUUCAGUUCAAAUUGCUCCAGCAGUGCCUCAGCCUCAAUUGUACGAUCCCCAUCGACAGCCUCAGCCGCCACGACGGUAUACGCCACACCAAGGGAUCCUUCCAGACCACACCUCAUUUUCCACGAGUCCACAGCACUGCCUCAAGUGGAGGGGAUGAUUGUGUCCGAAACUGCGAGCAACCGCUACGCCACGGUGAGGAGAAGGAUCAAAUACCAAAGGAAGGGCUCCAAGUACGUCCCCCCGUCCAGCCUCAGCCUCUCCGUCCCAGAUCUCUCAACGCUGUCCAGUCUCCCAGCACCUGCACCACCGUCCGCCAUCAGGAGACCGUCGCCACACGACUUUGAGACCAACAGUAGAAGACAAAGUGUGGACUCGGGAAAUCGAAAAGUCAGCUUCAAUUGCGAGGUCACACUGGUCGAUGAUUUGAACGACGACUACAUUCCGCACCCCAUAUUCAGCAGGAUUAUGGGGAUGUUAAAUGAGAAGGCUGCAGCAGCGGGCAGUGGAUGACCACAUAACUGCACGUAAUACUUAUCAAUUUAUUGGGAGAGUGGUUCAGUUUUUCCUAAAUUUGAAUCCGGCCACCCGAUUUUCCAAUUGGUGCGGUGCUCGAAAAACUUAAAAGUUCUUCCUGUUAAGGCCUUUACUAAGCAUACAUUUCGGUUUUUCAAAACCAUGAUGCCAAUAAGAAGCGAAUCUCAAUUACAAUGAAAUAAGCAGUGCCGUUUAUACUUUAAAUUAUCCAAAGAUUAAAUAUUUUAUAAGCCAAAAUUAUAUAUUUAAUUUUCAUUAUUUAUAAGACGGAUAAAACUAUAAUACUAUAUUUAUACUAGAAUAUUGUGUCGUUUCUGCUUGUUUUGUAAAAUAUGUGCCUAUAUAUUAGUUGAUAAACUUGUGUUCUUGGUAUUUCUUAUGCAAACAGUUUAUAACAAUGAUGUUUUUAUAAUUUUUAAUAAAUAAAACAAUCAAGCCAUUACACCAUGA